AUGGCUUCUCCCGACUUCAAGGCCUUGCAGGACGAGGUGCAGAAGGCGCUCGUCACGACCGUCAAGUCUGCCAACCGCAUCGCCGCCGAGGACCUCGCUUUCCAGCGCACCGUCAACCCCUCCGUCGCCGACGAGCUCGAUGAGACGACCGCGCGGCUGCUUGGCCUUUCCCACAAACUCCUCAAGUCAGCUGCUGAGGUCUGUGGACAGGGAUCUGUCCCCGAGCUUGAAGAUGCCGACGAUGUGGACAUGCACUGGCGCAAAAUUGUCGACGUUCUCGACAACGUGCUCGAGAAGGCAGACCGGUCCAUUGACGAGUUUACUGGUGUGCUGAAGAGGAAAGAUGCGCCCACAGAGACGACUCCCAACGCGAAGAAGCCCAGAACCGCUCUUGCCUCCAACAUGAGGAACGCCAACAUGGCCAAGCCCCAACUCGAAUUCGAACGCGCAAUCGACAACACGUCAUGGAAGCCUGUUCUCUCCAAGAAGCCCAACGCAUCCGUGCCCUUGGAAGAAAGCCUGGCGCAGGACUCGGCAGAAUCCGGCUCCAAACACCCAUACGAAGCCGAGAUACUGGCAGCAAGCUACCCCGAGCGAGUCUACCAGAAGGCCGAACCCAUUCUCUACCACCCUGUAAAAUCCACCACUGCGAAAUGGGUCGACACGUACGAGGGUGUUCUCGAGAUGUUGGGGGAGCUCAAGAAGGCGAAGGAAAUUGCGGUGGAUUUGGAACAUCAUGACACCAGGACAUAUGCCGGCCUCCUCUCGCUCAUGCAGAUCAGCACCCGCGAUCAGGACUGGAUCGUCGACACCCUGAAGCCGUGGCGUCACCAGCUCGAGGUUCUCAACGAGGUCUUUACCGAUCCCAAAAUCGUCAAGGUCUUCCACGGCGCGCAUAUGGACAUGCAGUGGCUGCAGAGGGAUCUUGGUCUCUACAUCAACGGACUCUUCGACACAUUCUUCGCCGCUGAAAUUCUCGGCUACCCCCAGCGCAGUUUGGCCUACCUUCUCAAGCGAUUCGUUGACUUCGACGCCGACAAGAAGUACCAAAUGGCAGACUGGCGUAUUCGACCACUGCCAGAAGAAAUGUUCUACUACGCACGCUCCGAUACACACUAUCUGCUCUACAUUUUUGACAGGAUCCGCAACGAGCUCCUGGAUGCGUCGGAUCGCAGCAAGCCCGAAACCGACAUUAUCCAGCAGGUGCUGCAGAAGUCCAAGGAGCUCUCUCUGAGCCGCUACGAAGGCCUCGACUUUGACCCCGAGACCGGCCACGGCUCCAGGGGCUGGUACGGCGUCCUGCUGAAGAACCCCAUGCCCCUCUCCGGCAAGCAGUUCGCGGCCUACCGCGCCAUCUGGAAGUGGCGAGACGACACGGCGCGCCGCCUCGACGAAAGCACCGGCUACGUGCUCCCGAACGCCGCCAUCGCCGAGAUUGCCCGCCACAUGCCUCCGGACGCCAAGGCGCUGCACAGCCUUAUUCACGGCAACUCGAUCAUUGCCAAGAGGAACGUCGGCGAGAUCUGGGCGGCGUUCAAGAAGGGACGCGACGAGGGCGACGACAGCCAGAGCCUGCUUCGAUUCUUCCAGAACGACACCAGCUCCUCGACAACGACGAGGCGAGCGACUCAAAAUCUGGCAAGCUCGACCGAUCACAGCUGUUUCGGCGACGUCCCGAUCCAGCUCCAAGUGGGAGGCCUCUCUGACGAGCAGGCCGCAGGGAUGGCCGACAAGCAGCCCGAAUCUGCGGCGCCAGCUGCGCCAGCUGCUCCGGCGCAGGAGGAGCCCGACCGGGAGUUCACGCUGAGAAGUGGGCUGAAACGCAAGCAGGUCGAAGAGGAGGAGGAAGAGAGUGAUUCCAGCUCUGAAGACGAAGACGAGGACGACAAGGACUCGUCCGAUGUGGAAGAGGCCAUCGAAAUCGAGGACGAGGAAGCCAAGCUCGAACGCGAAAGGAAGGAACGCAAGACGGCCAAGUUGCAGCGCAAAGCAGCCAAGCGGGCUGCAAAGAAGGCACAGGCCGAGGCGGGCGGGGACGAGCCGGAGGAGAGCAGCGACGCCAAGACGGGCCGCAAGUCGGCCUCGGCCUCGGAGCCGGACUUUGAGGGCGCCGACAAGGCGGAGAAGAAGCGGAAGAAGCUCGAGAAGGCCGAGCGCAAGGCGGCCAAGGAGGCGAAGAAGCAGGCCAAGGCGGCACGCAAGGCGGAGGAGGAGGCGGCCAAGGCGGCGGCCGGCGCGCCCGAGGCGUUCGACUACAGCAACGCGAGCUCGGUACUACAUGCCGGGCGCAACGCUGGCGGAGGCGUGCAGAAGGAGAGGUUCGACCCGUACUCGAAGACGGGCGAGGAUGGGCCCAAGGGGGCUCGGAAGGCGCCGCCUCUGCAUGGAAACAGGAGUGCGACGUUCAGGAAGUAA